GCAGAGCCUUGGCGACAAGGGAGGUGCUGAUUGGGCUGGCAAGCCCUGGGCACAGCGGAUGGUGCGGCCGCGGGCUCGGCAGAGGAGACGCGCCAGGACCGCUCUCGCAGGGGACCAGACCCCGGGGCGAAGGGGUGACGAGGAGCUCCCCACCCCGGGGCAGGAGCGGGGCCCCGGAGGAGCAGGGCCCCAGUCGGAGAGCACGGCACGGCACGGCACGGUCCGGCCCUCAGCAUGACGGAAGAAAUCCCUGCAGCACCCACCAUGCCGGCGUGCAACGGGAGCGUUCCCCCGGAGCACGGCCCGCGCCCCGUCAUCGGUGGCAUCGAUGAAAUUGCAAAAUCUGUUGGGACAGUCCCGUACGCAAAUGCGGAAACGAGCCCUGACACUACACCUGAAAAGGAAAAUCUGGAGGAAAAUAGAAAUUCAUUGGGAGAGGACAUCACUCCGGGGAAUUUUGCUGGAGAGAAGCGGUGCCAAGAAAAGCGAGCGGAGAACAAUGGGACACUACAGCAGGGACCAGCGGAUAUCCAGGACACAGGGACCAAUGGCCAGGGAUCAGGGGAAGGGCCGGGGGGCACAGCGGGGCUGCCCGCGGGCAGCGCCGGGCCGGACACGGCGGCCGCUCCCGGCACGGAGACCCUGGCGGGCAGCGCCGACCCCACAGGGAACCCGGCCGGGGAGGAGGAGGAGGAAGAGGAGGAGGCAGAGGAGGAGGACACCGAAGAGGAUGAAGUUCAGGUGAUUGAAAUCAAGAAGGAGAACAGCGAAGCGUCCCGCCUGCAGCAGAGAGACAGCGACAAGCAACCACCGCCCCUGGGCAGCCCCGGCUGCAACUCCCCGCUGGAGAAACGGGGGGAGCAGCCCGGCCUGGGAAAAAAGAAUGACAUCUCCAGACACAGCUAUUCCAGAUACAACACAAUCUCCUACCGGAGGAUCCGCAAAGGAAACACCAAGCAGCGGAUCGAUGAGUUUGAGUCCAUGAUGCACUUAUGAACUGAGGGGAAGUGCCUAACACACCAAGUCUUUGCUCCGAGCUUGGUUUUAUUUUGUUCCCCCAAGACGUGUCUCUUCACGCAACACAAGGUCACUGCUUUCCUUCUUUUUGUAUAUGAUUUAUAAUACACUGUGAAAAUUUAACAUCUUGGCUUUGACAGGGGCAGAAGCGUCCAUAGCGCAGGAAAAUAAAUAAUCAGUUUGCUAAGUACAUACCCA